CCCGCCGCGCCGAGAGCCGGCCGCGUCAUUCACUGUAAUCACAUCUCGUUGCUCGUAACAACAACAUACUUCGCCUUUUGUGUUAUAAAAAGUGGUUUACCUACGCUACAAUUAAACAUGUAAACCAUUUACAUUGACACUUUCAAACUUACUUAACCCUUACCGGUUAAAUCGAGGCCAAUCAGUGAAAUAUAAAAGUGUUUACAAUAGUUACAGUGUUUAAGUCGUUUAAGUCUGUGGAAUUUGUGAUUCUAUAAAUAGAUGUCUACGUUACCGUACAGCUGUGCGUCGUGAUUACGAUUGUGGCAUUUGAAUCCAUGUAUGCAAGCUGAAUAAGUUACGAUGUAAACAAAGGAGAGGAUUGAAUAAGUUUGACGACUUCUUUCUCGGCGACACUAGUGUUGUUCCAACAUGACCGACACGUUGGGUUGGUGUUUGGUCGCCUCCCUUCUGGUUAUAUCAGAUGCUCAGCAAAUAAGGGGUCCUAUUAUUAUGUCACCUAACGAAAUAUUACUAGAAGAUAAACAAAACUAUACCAUUCACUGUAAAGGGAAAAGGCCAAUAAAUUUUACAAUACAAGAGGCGGCAGAGGACGAAGACACGGAUUUUAAAAAGAUACUGCGAAAGGUGGCUCCGUCCGAUAACGUGUACGAGUACGAAAUAGCGUUAGAUCUGUUCAGCGUGGAUCCCUUCGCUGUCGGCUACUACGCCUGCCACGACGAUCAAGUUGACCCAUCGCAAAUAUUUAAUGAUCUAGUCGAGGAACCAACAAACAAUGAACACAUCUCAUAUACGUACGUCUACGUGAAUGAUCCGCAAAAUUUAAUAGCGCCAAUGAGAGAAAUCGUUUAUGUGGUGAAACCUGGUGCCAAGACAAUUAUUGAAUGUAGACCCACGUUUCCUGACGUACAAGUUAAUUUAACUAUGGAAUUCAUUAAGAGUCAAUAUAGUGCUAAAAUGGGAUACAUCUUAGAUACAACCGACACUGUGGACUUAGAGCCGAUGACAGAACUGAUAUGUGAAUUUAGCUGGAACGGGUUACGAAACCAAACAAAAGUGUAUUUGGAUAUAAGUAGAUGCAAGAAUGAGACACAGCAGGUGAAAUCGAAUCAAAGCAAGAUAGUAAGAAUAAACAAGAUUGGGUUUUUAGUGAAAGUGCGUAAGACUGACACUUACACUUACACGUGCGAGGGGCGUCGCGGCAACUAUCUCUCUCGGAAAAGUGCCUACAUUCAUUUACGUCUACCUACUGUUUCAAAUGAUGCGGUGAAACCACAAAUAGUAACCAGAGAUAAUAGAUUCCUGGCGGGUGAGACAAUAUUUAUGAACUGUACCGUCAACUACACUGUCAACAACGCGAUCUCGCUGAGAUGGAUAACUCCUCGGCCCUUAUCUGAGGAAGAUGUAAAGUCCAACGAAUAUGAAAUCCAUACAGACAUCCUAUACAGAGCAAUUUGGGUUAAGAAUGCAACUGAAAAAGAUGCUGGAGAAUAUAUUUGCGAAGCGCGAAAAGGAAUCAGUGACAUAUCGACGAAUACGCAGAAGAUGAUGUAUCUUAAGACACCAUAUUUGAAACUCAAACGAUAUGGGCCAGAAAAGGCGACCACAUCGAAUCCACAGUUUAAGUUUGCUUUUGAAAUCGAUGGGUACCCUGCACCAGAAUACAAAUUUAUCAAGAAUAACAACACGAGAAUUAAUAAUGGCACUAAGUACAAAAUAGAACAAAAUAAAACAAUAAAAAUUUUACACGUGUUAAUUGUUAAUGAUGUGGACAUUACUGACACAGGAGAUUAUACAGUGGAAGCAACUAAUGCUAACGGUACACAAAGACUGACCAACCAUUUAAAUGUGAUGGAUGUUCCCCGAGUCACUUUCCAUCUAAGUGAAGGAAGAAAGUUAAAAGGACAACAAAUUAAAUUGGUGUGCGAAGUGACCGGCUAUCCAUUACCAGACGUCGAGUGGUCUUUUAUAGACAGUCAAUCAAACAAAGAACUCGACACUCCUUUAAAAGGUGUCGUAAAAGAAGAAUCCGAAUAUAAAAUAGUUUCAACACUUGAUUUACCAGUUCAGUCCCCGGGCACAAUCAUUUGCAGAGCCUCGAAUACCCAAGGUGAUGACCAGAAGACUAAAACCCUUCUUGUUGACGAGAUUGAAGGUGGUUUUGGUAUUGAAAAUGAGGGAAAAGAAAAAAAGGAAGUCUCUGAAGGGGAUAGUAUAAUUUUAAGAUGUCUAGCCUCCAGGUAUGACUUCACGACUGUCCAAUGGAAGGGUCCGAACGACGAAGAGAUACCAGGAGCCGUCUUUGAACAUUCAACUAACGCAAUGUCUCUUGUCGCAAAAAUGGAAAUAAAUGACGCAUUAAUAAGUCACACUGGCAAUUACUCAUGUGUUGGAUACAACAAUAUAACUAGCGACGAACGAAAAGAAACCAUCUCCCUUGUAGUUGCAGGCCUUCGCGCAGCAUCAAUAAAAGUUCCUGCUGAAGAUACCGUGAAAGAGGUGAUACCAUUUAAUGAUGUGACACUCACAUGUAUAGCAGAAGCUAUUCCUCCGCCUGUUAUUACAUGGUACAAGGACGAGAUUGAGAUAGGAAGCAUUAAUGUUAUCACACGUUCAUUGAAUUAUAGCACAGUAAAUUCAACCUAUACAUUCAAGCAAAAUGGUACCGAUGAUUCAGUUUACGAAUGUGUGGCUACAAGUGGCACAUCUAGGGUUUCAAAAAUGUACCAGGUUACUGUCACAAUGCUCAAGUCAAGGUUCAAAUGGGAAUAUCUCAGCAUCCUAGUAGCCAUAAUGUUGGCACUGGUGCUACUGGUGCUUUACUUAUGCUGGAGGAUAAAGAAAGAGAAGCGAUUCAGAAAAGAGUUGGCAGCCGCUGGCCUGCUGGACUUCAAGGAAGGGGCGCCCAAAUCGCUUAACCCGGAGCUUGGCAUCGAUGAACAGGCCGAGUUACUGCCCUACGACGACAAAUUUGAGUUCCCAGUGGAAAAAUUGAUUUUGGGGCCCCAGUUAGGUGCAGGCGCAUUCGGUGUGGUAUACAAGGCGGAAGCGCGCGGCAUUAUCAACGCGGAAGACAAUACCACUGUCGCGGUGAAAAUGGUCAAGAAAACUGCCGACAAUAUCUACAUCAAGGCGCUCGCUUCCGAACUCAAAAUCAUGGUGCACCUGGGGAAGCAUAUCAACAUUGUCAAUUUGUUGGGCGCGUGCACCAAAAAUGUUGGAAAACGCGAGCUGAUCGUGAUCGUGGAGUUCUGCAAGUUCGGCAACAUCCACAACUACAUGCAGCGGCACCGCGACGUGUUCAUCGACCAGCUCACCGACAAAAAGGAGAAGGCCCAGGGCAACGUCAACCGCGCCUUCUGCAGCGGGGCCGACAGCGGCAUGACUUCGGAUUGUUUGAAUUCAAAUCAGACGCAACAGACAGACCACACGCUCCUCAACACUGCUGCCAGUAACCGCUCAGGAAGACUAGUAUCGGAGUCGGGAUACGUGCAGCCAGAGUGGCGCUCGAACUACGAGAGCGACUACGUGUACGAGGGGCGCAAGCCGCGGCCGCUUACGUCGCGCGACCUCCUGGCCUGGGCCUUUCAGAUCGCGAGGGGCAUGGAGUACCUUGCUAACAUGAAAAUUCUCCACGGAGACUUAGCUGCCAGGAACAUAUUACUACAUGAAGAUAACGUCGUGAAGAUUUGCGAUUUCGGAUUAGCUAGAAGCAUAUACAAGAACGACGAAUACCAGAAGAAAGAAAACAGCCCCUUGCCAGUGAAGUGGCUAGCCAUAGAGUGCAUGACGGACCGCAUAUUCUCGACGCAGUCGGACGUGUGGUCGUUCGGCAUCGUGUUGUGGGAGCUGUUCUCCCUCGCCAAGACUCCGUACCCUGAGAUCAACCCACAGGAUCUGCUGCAGCGGCUACAGGAAGGCCAUCGCCUCAGCAAGCCGCCAUACGCGGAUGAUCGUCUGUAUCGUGUGAUGAGGUCGUGUUGGGAACAAAGGCCCACCAAAAGACCUACCUUCACUGCACUGCAGGAGACCAUCGGGUCAUUUUUAGAAGAUAACGUGCGUAAUCACUACGUAGAGCUAAACCAGGAGUAUGCCGAAACGAACGAGAACCGCGUCGGGGAGAACUACUUGAUGCAAGUGUGCGCGCCCGACUACAACAACCAGGUGACGCCGAGCCCCCACCACUACGCCAACGACGCCAGUGGCUUCUUCUUCGGCGUCACGCCGUCGCCGACCCCGGUCCAGUUGCAAUACGAUGACGAGGGCUACCUAGCGAUGACACCGGCAUCUAACCAGAACGUAUUUAGUCCUCGGAUCGGCUCGACGUUCGACUUCGACCCGCGGAAGCUCAACGGGCGCUCCUCUGCCGCCAGCCAGGGCUCGGAGCUGACCCCCAUGCUCUCCCUGAACCACCUCAGCGCGCGCGGCUCCGACUCCGACCACGAGGGCGCCACUUCCCCCUACCUCAAUAUGAUCCCCCGCAUCGAGGAGGAAACCGAUGAGGUAUUUGAAUUAGAAACUAAAAAGAAUAAUCUCAAAAACUCACAGAACAACGCUGUGACUAAUCCGACGUACAUCACUUUCCCAUCGCUAGACAAGAAACCAAUAGCAUCUAACAAUUACGUCAAUGUUAAUGGAAAUGGCCUAGUCAAGUGAAGUGGAACUGGU